UUCAUUUGACGUUGAUACUUGAUAGACAUUACAUUACACACAUCACAGAUAUUAUUGUGAAAUAAUUAGUUUUACUUUUACGUAAUUUUAUAAAUUCUAUUACAUAGUAUUUAUUUUACUAACAAUUCUACAAGCUGUGAUAUUAAUAUAGUUCUAAUUUAAUCUGAAAAUGUCGAAUCCGUGGAAGAAACUUGCAGCACCCACUGAUGUGCAAAAUUUAUCCGACAUCAUGUCCGAAGAAUAUGCGAAAGGUUUGCAGGUGAAAGAAGAAUUGAGGUUCGCUGAGGAGAUAUCAGACACCGUGAUGCCCGAGACUACUGAUAUUUCGCCUGAUGUUUUGCUGAAAAUUGACGAAUCAAAUGUCAAGGAAUAUUGCGACUCGGACGCUAUUAUUGCGAAAGUAUUGCAAUGCCAGUACGAUAAGGAGCAUGAUGACCAGAUUAAGAGAGUCGCCAAGAAGAUGAACGGAGAGGCAAAGGUAUCUAUAUCGUUCGACAACUACCGUAACAUUCCCGAACACCUCGUGUACGACUCCGAGUCUGACGACGAAGAUAUCGAACUCGCUUAUAAAAAGGAUUGGGAUCGCUUUGAAACCAAUGAGAAGGAGUUCGCUAGUAUUCCUAAACGGGGAUUUAUAAUGAAAGAGGGCGAAAUGGUCACAAAACACGACAGCACAAUCAAUGGUCGGAGGAACGCUUGCAAAGUCAUGGCAUUUCCCCCCGAAGUCUGCACGGGGGACGGUGCUGGAUUCGACAUGAAACUGUCCAACUCUGUGUUCAACCAGUUAAGAGAGCACACUAAGUGGCACCAGGCGCGCAAAACUAAAAUGUUGGAUAGAAAAGAGAGCCAUGCCACUGCCGAAAUGGGUCUCGAUGAACCCACAAGACUUAUACUCUUUAAACUUAUAAAUAAUGGUUUGUUAGAAGACAUUAAUGGGAUCAUAUCCACUGGUAAAGAAUCAGUAGUCUUGCAUGCCAACAGCGACCCAUCAUACACUGAAGCAGUAUUGCCAAAAGAGUGUGCAAUUAAAGUUUUUAAAACCACAUUGAAUGAGUUUAAAACUCGUGACAAGUAUAUUGAAGCGGAUUAUAGAUUUAAAAAUCGUUUCUCUAAGCAAAAUCCUCGGAAAAUCGUGCACAUGUGGGCAGAGAAGGAAAUGCACAACAUGCUUCGUAUUCAGAAGAUAGGACUGAACUGUCCUGAGAUGGUUUGUCUGAAGAAACAUAUCCUGGUUAUGUCGUUCAUUGGAAAGGAUAACAAACCUGCUCCCAAGCUAAGAGACGUAAUUUUGAAGCCGGAGAAAUGGCAGAGUGUGUACAAUGAGGUAGUUGAUGCAAUGCAUAAGCUGUACAAUGUUGGUCAUUUAGUUCACGCAGAUUUGUCAGAGUACAAUAUUCUGUGGUGGGAGAACAAAUGCUGGUUCAUUGACGUCUCCCAGUCUGUGCAACCAGAUCAUCCAAGUGGAUUGGAGUUUUUGCUGAGGGACUGCCGUAACAUCAUUAAUUUCUUUGAGAAGAAGGAUGUGCCAGACAUAAAAUCUGCUGAAGACCUAUUCAAAUCUAUCACAGGCUUUGAGGAGGUUGACGUCAACUUUCUGGAAGGCGUACAUACUGUUUACAACUCUCUGUUGUCACGCUUUGAGGUAGCCCCGGAUGACAAUCGCAAUGUCAGCUACCCAUUUGAGUAUUGUUGGAAUAAAUCCAAUGAAGCCAAGAAACCAAAAAGUGAUAAAAGCGGUGAUGAAGAUGAUGAUGAUGAAUUUGAUGAAAUGUGGAUGCACUCCAAGCAACAACAAAUUGUUGAUGUGUCUACAAACUUUGGCAAUGAAGUCAAGAUUGAUGACAUAAUUGUUGACACCAAAGUUAACUUUGGUAAUGUAAUUGAUGUUGAACUCACUAAGGAUGAUAUUGAUAUACCUAAUAGUAGUAUUGAUAAAAAGUCUUAAAGAGAUCAGUUGUAUUUGUACUUUGAAAAAAAAAUUCAAUAAUGAACUCUAUGAGAGAAAAAUUGUGGUUUGUUAUUAUACAACCAACAAAAAAAUAUAGCUAUCAUGUUCUAAGGGAAUAAAAGAGAAAGGAUA